GAUUGAAGUUCACCCAGCCCUACCUACCCCAUGGUUGGAAGAAAAUUAUACCACAGGGCGUGAGUUAAAAAACUGUUUCAUUCCCGAUCAUUUGCUGGUAUCAUGAUUGGCAGAACUCAAGAAUUUUACCGGCCGGUCUGGCGAAACUGUUCCACGGCGACACUCACACAAAGGAGUGUGACAGAACCUGGCAGAACUGGUAUCCGAGACUCGCGAAGAUUUGAUUUAGAUCUGAUAACAACUGGCAGAAAUGACUCCAAAUAGUCCUGCCCCAUAUGCUAGCAUCCGGCAAUGUAAGCACAUGAAAGCGUUUGGCCGUACUUGACACUAGUCAUGUAUAAAAGCCAACCUACGUGGCCCAGAGAACACCAUCAACAUUCGACCAUGAAAUUCACCUCACUCGCUACUAUUGCCAUAUCUGCCGCAGCGAUGGUCGGCACAGUUAUCGCAUCUGAUUUAGAUUCAACACCCAUGGGUCAUAAAUGCUCCCCCAAUGGUCUUAUCACGCGUAACCUCGAAGGAAACACCAUCCGAGUGUAUCCUAUCUUAUUGGUGUCAUGGGUGGGAUUUCACAGAUAUCUUUCUCGUCAAUUUUCCAUUGCAUUCGACUUAUACCUUGACGUUCGACGCGCGGUUGCAGCCAUGGUAGCCGAGUCGCUUCAGCGGGACUCACCCGACUGGCGACUCAAACACGCCUGCCCCGCGUGUACAUAUGUGCUAACGGACGAAGUAAAAUUAAAGUUCAGCUUGCUCUAUGCCAUGGACGGCAAUGACUCUUUGAAAAGAGUCCUUCGAAGAACCCUUGAUAUGGACGACUCUCUCAGUACAUCAUGUGAACUCCCGACGGGACAGCAACUCAGGACUGACCGCUAUCUAUCUCGCACCUUUGUUGACCAGUUUGCAUCGGACUCUAGUACUGCAGGCGAUGGGGACAUACAUAUAGAGAAUUCGUGUGAAGGACGCUGGAAGAAUAUGGAUGACGGAAAGCAGACAUGUGCAAAAUAUCCUUUGGCCAUGGUUUCGAAGUUGCUGAACGUAUUUGGAACUAAUCUAGGAGGCGGGUAUGACAUCGGCUGUCAGUUCAAGACUACUCUCGACAAAAGCUCCCUCGGACCCCUCACAUGUUCGAAGCAUCACACCUGCCUUGUUGGGGCCUUUCAUGGACAUGCCCACAGGCGUUUGUGCCAACUUUUCUCACUCACAACGUAUACCAAAGGUCUGGGACUGGAAGAUCUGGAGAUGUGUGAAUGGACUUUCUCGAAAUCGAAUUCCUUGGCAUCCGCACUAUGUUACACGAGUAUUUUCCAUCGCCAACAAGCUAUUGAUUCUUUUUUCGAACACAACAACGACUUAGAAGUAUAUGCUAAUCUAUCCGAUUUUUUGUACAACAACUACAAGCAAGCUCUAGACAUCCUCAAUUAUGGUAAUGCAGCGCUACCAAAACUCAUGCAAGAUCUCAGGGUAGUUGAUGUGAGUGUUUUCGAGCGCUGGUUGGAAGAUGAAAAGGCCUAUCUUGUUGGUCUAACACACGAGCCUGAAGAAGAAACACUCCAGAUGGAGUACUGGCAGAGGCUCGUUAAUCUUGCAGCGAGCAGUGAUGCUCUUGGUGCUGCGAUGGCAGCAGUUGAAUUACCUUCUGAAGAUUCAUAUGAGACACAGGUCAAACGCACUCGCAAUGCUGAGGGUGCACGGCGUCACGCACUGGAAGAUUAUGAGAGGAAUCUCAAGAUAGUGCAAGCGCUGGAGGGCAAGCUAGAAAUCAUGGAGCAGUGGGUUCCCAGAGAUGUAGAGUGGCAGAAUGCAGGGAGGCUGGUGGCUAACAGGAAGUACCAGCAGGCACUGGAUCGUCUUGAAGGUCUCAUCGUCGCUCGCAUAUUCGAACUGUCGAAAAUGAACAGAGCAGGGACAGGCUAUAAACUACGAAAACACAUCGCCAAGGCAUUACAGGCUCGCUCCGUUGCUAUCAGGUCAGCCCUCAACACGUACAACACUAUUGCUAGGACACUGUCCCCUCCCCGCUUAACACUGAAAUGGGAAGAAGUUGUCGACUACGCCUUUCUUGCCAACUUCGACCUCCUUCGCGACAUGCGUGUAGACAUCUCUGAGCGCCCUUGGUCAUCUCCUGCCGCUCGUAGUGCAAUGGAUCUCCACUUCAAAAUAUGUCGGGCGUGUGAGGAGAUUGAACGCCUCAAUAUUGAGGUCCAACGCCUGGUGACCUAUAUACGUGAUGAAGAGAAGUAUCUACAGGAAUGUGAGGACCAGUUGAAGGAUACCAACCCAGCCCUCGCACAUCAAAUUGCUAUUCACCGAAACACUCGAGGACGCUUCAAGUCACAACAUCUCAACCGGCUUCACGACAUAUCGAAGCUUCCGGGAUUCAGUGGGACACUAGCUCCUGGUAUAAGCGCUUACACAUGUCCUGGGGAGAGCGCGAGCAUACCUAAUGCACAGAUUCCUGCUCGCAUGCUUGUUGAACCCUCGCCUGUUGAUCACGCUGCAUCUGCCUUAGACCUAGAUACCCAGGAUGAUCUGGAUGACAAGGAGGAGGAGGAGGAGGUAGUAGAGCAGACAUCGAGGAGUUUACAAGAUGUCCUGCUCAUUGCUGAUGACUUUUCACGCCUUGGGAUUCAUAGCAAUGCUGAAGAAGAGUAG